AGCCGUUUUCUCUGUCACUUCUACUAAGUGCUCUCUCUGUAGAUUUGAGUUUUAAAAGUGUAGGAUUUAUCAAAUGCACAAAAAUGUAUGGAGGACUGAUUUUUAUGCUUGUGACAUGCAGUGUGAACGGCUUCAACAUUCACACCUCACCGGUGAAACAUUUCACAAAUGCUGAUCUACUUUUUGGGCAAACUUUAAUUCAGUCAAUGGAGGGAGUUUUUGUUUCUUCCCCCACACAUGGAAAACUUUUCCGUUGCACACUAGAGAAUGAAUGUGUCUUGGUAAAUUCUCAGGAUGAGACAACAAAAGGCCUGAGACCGAUAGCAUCACUAGCUGCUAGCGUGAUAUCAGACGAAGAGCAUCUUCUGUUGUGUAAUCAGGUUCGCACAAAGAAGUCAUCAACCGAGUAUUUGAAUGGAUAUUGCACAAUGAUAAAUCCCACGAGGACAAUCAAAUUGCAUCCUGCUGAAUUAGUUCAAAAUCAAAAUGCAGCACUCAACAGCAACAACAACAACAAUCAUGGUGGACGCAUCAAUCGGGAUGCUGGGACAGAGAUUGCUUUUGUGUUGGAUGGUUCUAGCAGCAUUCACCCUGAUGACUUUCAGAGAGCCAAAGACUUUAUCAGCAAAGUCAUGACAAAUGUUUGGAAAACAUGUUUUAAUUGUGCUUUUGCAAUAGUGCAGUACGGAAGUAGGAUUAGGACUGAACUUCCACUUCAAGACAAUAAGGAUGCCAGCACGACUUGGAAAAAGUCAAGGAAAUACAACAACUUGGCAAUCUCACAAAGACCGCCUCAGCCAUCCACUAUGUGCUUACAAAUAUUUUCGUCCCUGAGAAUGGAUCAAAAAAUAACUCCAAAAAAAUGAUAAUUGUCUUGUCUGACGGAAAGAUGUUGGGAGACCCAAUGCAGCUUACUGAUGUUUUGAACAUGCAAGAAAUGAAGGAAGUAACUCGCUUUGCCAUUGGUGUUGGUGACAGCAUUCUGCGCAAUCCAGAGGCAGUACAAGAAAUGAAGGACAUAGCAGAUGCUGAUAAGUUUUUUAAUGUAUCCAGUUACGCUGCCUUAUACGACAUCCUUUCUCACAUGGAACUAAGCAUAACUGGAAU